UCCUCCUCCUCCUCCUCCUCCUCUCUCCUCCUCCUCCUCGUUCCUUGAUCCUCCCCCCUCUCCCGAUCCGCAGCCAAUCUGGCUCAGGGUGCCCUGCUCUCCCGACGCGGGGGGGCCGGGGCGCCGCGCGGGCACGCGCGCGCGGCGAAGGGCGGGUUCCGCGUCAGAUGGGACCUGCCGCUCUGGUGGCGGGGCAGGCUUGCAGGAGACAUCGCCAUCCGCUCCGCCGCCACCUCUUGCAUUAUGUUGACCGCCUAUGACACCGCUAGUGAUCAGGAUGACGACAGGAGCAGGAUGUCCGAGAAGAUUGCUGACAUGGAUCUGGACUAUCAGGACGCCUGGCCCAAUGUGGAGGUCACCAUAGCCAUCAACGAAGUCCUGCAGCUGGACAUCAAGGAAAUGACUUUUGAGGCGGACUUUGCGGUGUAUUUGGACUGGGUGGACCCCAGACUGAAGCCAGGAGUGCACUACGACUACAACGCGGAAAAAGGCAAGUUCGAGUUGGCGCCAACUUUGCAGAAACAGCUACUUGAGGACAGAGGCAGCUACAGCGUGUUCAAUCCGUUUCUAGAGAUCGCUAACGAGAAGAAGCUCGAGAAGAAGACCUCGCCAGCUAUCUCCAUCGUGGAUGAGCAGACCGAGGACGGGAAAGAUGUCCCCUGGCUCUGCAAGAAGUUCGAGUUCAUUGGAGCACUGCACUGCCCACAGGUCAAUGCCAGAGUGUUCCCUUUCGACGUGCAGGGUCUGCAGAUCAAGGUCCAGUGCGCAGAGCUGGAGGGCGUGACGUCCCUGGGCCAGCCUCGCACGAUCACGCUCCUGGAGCCGCGCCUGCGCCGGGCGACGCGGCAGCGGGAGAGGCUCCGCUCGAGGAGGGCCCGGAUGCGGAUGAUCUGGGCCGACACCUCCGACGAGAACCAGUGCAUGAGCCACAUGUGGCGGUUGAACGACGAGGACGGGGAGGCGUUCGGGUUCGGCGAGAUGCAGGUGCUGGCCAUGGGCGGGACGGAGCUGGGCAGCCUCUACGCUUUCCACGUGGUGUUGCAGCGCCAGUGGUACCCGCGCUACGUCGCCGACUUCGUCAUUCAGAACCUACAGGUCCUUCUGGCCAGCACCUCGCUGUGGAUACCCUUUAAUGUCGACACGCUGGCGAACCGCAUGGGCAUCGCCCUGAUGGUGCUGCUCACGCUGGUCGCCUCUACGAACACGAGGCCGGCCAUGAUCGACACGGUGCCGUAUUCGACGCUCCACGACAGUUACGGGCAGUUCAUGGUGUUGCUAAUCUUGCUCAUCUCCGUGGCGAACUGGUACGUGUUCGUGAACUGCUGGGGCUUCUAUCGCACGCCUGGGGAGGACGACUACUGGGACGCCGACCUCCACAUGGUGGUCAACACAAUCCGGGACGGCAUGAUGCCGGACGCCGGCCUGUGCCAGGAGGGCUUCCUUGGGGCAUCGCGUUUGGAUACGUACAUCUUCAUGAUCCAGCUGAUCGCUCAGUUCCUCCUGAUCUGGGGGAUUCUCAUCCAGGCGCAGAUGGCCAGGAUCACGACCUUGCUGUACAUCAAGUGCCAGCUGGACGAGCCCGCCCAGAACCCUGGCGAGAACUCACAACUGGUUCUCUGCGACAAUGGCUUCGAGUUCAUGCGCCGCGAGGACAUCUCUGAUUGUUCGCGCCGCGCGGGGCUGCUACCCUUCACCGGGUGCUUCAUCUGGUUAUGGGGGCACGCGCGGCACUUGCGGCGGAAGUUGGAACCUUUCUGGCCGAUGGAGGACGGCACCUUCCACGCAAUGGACUUCCUGCGGAGGAUCAAGCGGGCGGACGAGCUGAGGGCCCUCGCCAAGACUGACUUCGCCCCGGGCAUAUCGAAUUUUCGCGGCUACAUGCCGCGGACCGAGACCUCGCGAUUCUUGGACGUUGGUUCGGGGGAGAUGGGCUUCUACUCCUACUGGGUCGACCAGGACACUGGCCUGCUCGGCAUCGACGGGGGGCAGGACAAGCUCAAGUACAAGAAGGGCUGCACCUUCGUGGACCACUUCGUGGACGCCCCGGACGGCCCACAGGACCUCGCGAGGGAGAUCGCCGAGCGGUUCAAGCUGGCGGCCCUGAGCUCGGAGCGGCCCAGCGGCGGCCGCCCAACCAGCACGUGGACGUCGGCCGACAGCGGAAGAGCCAGGAAGGCCCAGCAGAGCAUCGUCGUCGGGCGCGCCACCGAGGGGCCCCUGUCGCCCAUUGCCGACAGCCCCAGCGAGGCGCUGGACUGCGUGGUGCCGGUGCUACCGAGUGUGCCGAGCGCCGUGGAGACCCCGGAGCUGGAGGAGCGCGACGGCAGCCUGGCGAGCUGCACGUCUCCCAGGAGGACAACGGCGGCGAAGGGCGACAGCUUUGUGGAGAGGUGCACCUCCUCCAAGCUGCCCGGCGCGAAGAAGAAGAAAAUGAAGCUGUUCAUGUGUCUCACGGGCGCGAACCGGCAAAUGCUCAGCGAGGACUCGUCUGGGCGCCAGAAGCUCCGCGCCUUCGUGAAGGCCCUGAACAAGCACCUCGAGGCACUCGGCGUGGAGUGCGUAGAGUUCUCACCGCAGGACAAGGACGAGGCUAUGUACGAGCUGCGGGCGUGCGAGUGGGUGGUGCAGCACGGGGACCUGGACGUGAAAUACAUGCGGCUAGGCGGGAACUACCGCAACCUGCAGCACGGCUGGGAGGACGGGCUCACCACCCUGGAAGAGGUCCUGAGGGAGUUUCGGUGGCUCAACGUGGAGAAGGAGCUCACCGCGGCGUACGAUGCCGCGGCGGAGGCGCCUGGCGCGGGCCUCCCAUGCGUAGAGGAGGAGAUGGAGGAGGAAGAGGAGGAGGAGGAGCUGGGCCUCCACGUCGACGAGGUCGCGAAGGCCGAGGCGGAGGUCAACCGGUCGACCGGUUCGAGCCUGCAGGUCCUGCCGCCGCCCGAGCCGCGCAGCAACCAGCGCACGACCUCGGACCCCACGGGGCGGCGUGCUUCGCGGGCCGACCCCGCGGAGGCCGCGCGCGACCUGAGGAAGGCGCGGUCGUCGGUGGGAGACCUGCGCGCGGGGACGCCCGCCGGGGUGCGGCCGGAGAGGGCAGUGGUGCGCUGCAGGGACUUCUACAGCCAGUUCGAGAGCAGCAUGCCCCUGAUGCGCGCCCUGGUCCGCUCCAAGGAGUUUGUCGGCACGAUGUCCGCUGGUUCUGGCUCUUGCCAGGUCACGCUGCGGGAGACUUUCGUCCCGCGGCUCACCCGCGGCGCCACCCUCGCUCGCGGCGCGUCGCUAGCGCCCGCUGGGGCCAGGAAGUGCCUUGCCAGCAUCCCCCUCGGCAACCGCUCCCCGAUGACCGCGAUGAGGCUCAAGCUGGACGGCGGGGAGGAGGACGACGACGCGUCGCCCCUGUCCAAGAACCUGCCCAUGACGCGCCAGCGCACCCUGGCCCUGCUCGGCCCGAAGGCGGUGCCGGAGGCGGCGGGCAGGGGCCUGCUGAGGCAGAGGCCGGCGAGGCAGCGGCGCUCGACCGCCUUGCCGACGGGGUUCAAGGAUGCGGCGUACGGCAACCCCGGGGUGUACAUCACCACCCAGCCCGCGUGGCCCGAGGAUGGCCCCGUCAGCAGGGAGUUGCUGGAGGAAUGGCGCGACCUCGUCGUGUGUUGCGCCGAGGAAGUGGACGUGCCUCGGGGCCAGCGCGGCCUCUUCGUGGGCAUCACGGCCUUCUUCUACGCCGCGAAGCUCGCGGGGUGCGAGGACCGGAUCCUCGAGAAGUCGGAGUUCUUGGACGCGCUCGAGGCCAAGAAAGAGGAGUUGCCUCCUCGGCCUCGUCCUCCCGCUCCUCCCCCCCUUCCGCAGCUUUCGGAGCUGCUGGAGAGCGGCGGGACUGGGCGGGACCUCGCCAACUUGACGCUCGUCGCCGCGCUGGGGGAUCACGUUAUGCACAACAAAGCCAAGAUCGUCUGCAAACGCACUUGGUUGUGCUCCGAGCCGGAGCGCUCCGAACCCAUGAAGGUCGUCGCCACAUGGACCCUCGGGUUUUUCCUAAGACAUCUGGCUGCCUCGUGACCUUCGCUGGAGGCUGGGCGAGCGAAACGGCGGGCCAGAGCGGCGCGCUGAUUUUUUGAUCAGAUGGGCGCACCCACUAUGAGUCGUGCCCUUUUUGUUUCCUUCAAGAUGGAGGCGUACGAGCGCGAACGUGGCCGAAAUCGUGGCCACCUAUUUGUGCCGCGAUCGUGUCCCCUAGUGCUGCAUGAGACUUGUUCGAUGAUUGUGUUCUCACCCUGGUGUAGAUUUCAUAGACCACCGCGCGUAGGUGUGGUGUUGACUCGGAGACAUGCUGCAUCCUUGUAGAUAACUUCUCUGGCUCCUCGCUCUCCCCUCUCCCUCCCCGUCAUCGGCAUCGUCGUCCUCGUCAUGAGGCUCUGGCAUGGCUAUUGCUCGCGUGAUCCGUUCGCGUUCGACUGUCAUGUGUGCUGUCGCCUCCACUGAGGCGCGGAGAGGACGCCCUGGCCGCGAUGCUCGUCUGGGUCGUUGGGCCGCCUCUUCGCUCGUUCUGCUCAUUCGACGCGCGCGGCGCUCGAUCCGAGCUCGGUCCCGAUCAUCAUCA